GUUGGCUGCAAGUGGAAGUGCGCCUUAUUCGAUGAUGGUUUUAAGGACCGAAGACUGUAAUAACAGGGACUGGCGCUCCAAAAGCAAUCACCGUUGUUGUUUCAAUUCCCUAUUUCGAAACAAAGAGACUGUGUGUAUAUCAGAUUCAGUUUGCUCCACUUCUUCUUCAUCAGCUGGUCAUCGAAAACGAUCCAGCUCGUCCGAAAAAGGAUCUUCUGGUUACGGUUGUUCAGACCCUAAAAGAUGUCGUGUUUCAGAACAUAGUAAAAGGCGGAAUCAUAGUUCCCAUGUAUCACUUCCUAAUUUCAAUCACACAACGAGCACCUGUAAGGCAGUACGUAUAUCUGGUGAUAAGGGCCAUCCUCGAGACCGUUCUGACAGUUCCUCCCGCAGUGGCAUCGUUCCUAGUCAUGCUACCAAACCUCCGUCUCACCCAACUAAGCGAGAACGGCAGCGUAGUCCAAGUAUCGAAAUCCAUGAUGGGCAUUCAAUACGUGUUCACUUACGUAAUGGGCGAUUUCCUGGUUCUCUGAAACUCCACGAAAGAGAUGACAAGCAAAUAGCACGUCGGAAGAGAGAAGAAAGGCGUCGCGACGAAAAGGCACGAAGGAAGGCUAGUCACGAACAUCACAAACGCAAGCCAUCUGCCAUUGUACCAGUCGGUGACAUUAUCAAGCGACGCUUUCGAGUGGAGAAGAUACUAGGAGAGGGUAGCUAUGGGCAAGUUUUUGAAUGUUUUGACUUGUACACAAAUUCGUUGACUGCCGUCAAGGCUCUAAAACCCCAAAGUGAUUAUAGUGAUGCUGCGCGUCAUGAGGUUAAUGUUCUAGAAACGAUUGCAAGAUUAGAUUCCAAAGAUCGAUCCCAUUGCAUAUCAUUUAUAGAUUUUUUUGAAUGGCAUGAACACUUCUAUAUUGUAUUCCCCCUACUUGGUCCAAGUGUUUUCACGUUUCUCGAAAAAAAUGACUAUGAACCCUACACCAUUGAACAAUGUGCAAUAAUUAUACGACAGUUAUGUGAGGCCGUUGCCUUUUUGCACCGAAAUAAGCUCACACACACAGAUUUAAAACCUGAGAAUAUUUUGUUUGUUGAUGGCGCAUACGACGAAGUCUAUGUUAAUCAUCGUGGCAGGCCAGUACGGCGAAUCCGUAAUCCAUCUAUAAAACUUAUAGACUUCGGGUCAGCCACAUUCGACGAAGAUCACCACUCGACUACCAUACAAACAAGACACUACCGUGCUCCUGAAGUUGUUAUGGAGCUUGGAUGGAAUCGAUCUGCCGACGUAUGGUCUAUAGGAUGUAUUUUGUAUGAAUUGGUGACUGGACAAUGCUUAUUCAUGACACAUGAUAAUCUUGAACACCUAGCGAUGAUGGAACGUUUACUAGGGACGCUUCCUAAGUGUAUGACAAAAGUAUCCCGUCGACGACGAUAUUUUCGCCAUGGUCGGUUAUAUUGGUCUCCUGAUUCUUCAGAAUCUCGUUAUGUUAGGAGAGUUUUGAAACCUCUCGGUGACUACUGGUUUUCUAAUUCCGACCUUUACAAGCGCCUGGCAUUCGAUCUUGUUAAAGAAAUGUUGGUGUACAUUCCGUCAGAACGAAUAACCUGUUCAAGAGCAUUAGAGCAUCCUUUUAUUCUCUCUUUUCAUAGCUAAAAUUACUCACUACCCCUGUACAAUAUUCCCCCUGACUAUGAUUAUCAUUUAUAUUUUUGUGAAUAUUUGUUUUCUGUACAAUGGAUACACAUGUUGGUCGUCGGUAGUAUUACAGAUUUUUCUUGCUCCGUCUAGGUUUUAAAGAUUUAUUUUCAUAUUGUCCCAAGAAUCGAUAGCAGAGCAAUUAAAAAAAAAUUUUCGUC